UUCUUGCGGCAGGGCUGGAGGCAGUAAAUGAUUCAAAUAACCAAUGUCGAAAUGCACGGAACUGCACGGGCUUUCCCUUUGAGUUUGCCCAACCCUCGCUAAUGCGCUCGUUCAUUUCCCAUCCCGACGUUCUUUUCGUCACAUAUACCAAUCUCCCUGUUCUCACUGCCACUCGACUUCUCAGCAGGACAACCUGAGACUGAAGAGGCAGGCAGGAGAUCAUGAUCCCCCCUUCCAGCCGCCUAGCACUCUUUACCAUCGGCGUCGUGCCCUAUGCGUUGGGUGCCGUGGAACCGAGACAGGCAGUCUGGUCCAGCGAGACAUUUGGGCCGGACGGGCCCUGGAAUGCCGUCGAGGUCUCCCUCGGUACGCAGUCCAAAAUCGCCCUCUUUCCUGGCCGCAUGUGGAACACGUUCGUCACGACGACCGAUUACUGCACCAUCAACAGCUCUGUUGCCCAUUGCGUAUCGGGAGCCUACAACAAGGAUGAGGCGGUUGAGGAAUCCAGGGCCCGCCCGGCCCAGGAUAUCGCCUUCAAGCAGCCGACCCAGGAAUUAUACGCCGGUCUUGAGGCAGGUGGGGACUCUAGCCUGUAUCUGGAGUCGAUCAACAUGCUUUUCAAGGACGGUAUCAUCCAGAACCAUUCGCUGGCCUUGAUUGACUCGGCACAACAGAUGUUCGCCUAUCCGGGUGGGACGUGGUACCCCAUCUUUACGGGGUGUCUCAGCGUCGGAGCACCCGAGCGGUUCCAGGUCUUCGCCGGAGACGGCGCCAGCAUGCCAACCCUUAACGCAAGCAUGAUUCCCUGGGCCCUCAAGGACCAAAACAUGACAACGUCUAGCUCGUUCGGCCUGCACUACGGCUCGGCCACAUCAGCCGCAAAAAUGACAGGAUCCCUCCUCUACGGCGGCUACGACCGCAACCGCGUUGUAGGCAAGACGCUCUCCAUCGACGGCGACUUGUUUAAGCCCGUCACGUUGCAGGAUAUCAGCAUUCGCGUGAUCCAAGGCAGCUCCCCCUUUAACAGCGCGACCGCCAUAUCGGGUCUCCUCGCCCAAGGCAAUUCCUCCAUUAGCUCGGCCGGUCUCCCCGUCAUCCUCGACCCCUGCAACCCCUACCUAACCCUGCCAAAAUCCACCUGUGACAGCAUCGCCGCCCACCUGCCCGUCUCCUACAACGCCUCGCUCGGCCUCUACCUCUGGAACACCUCGUCCCCGCGCUACGCCCCGGUCGUCACCUCCGCCUCGACCCUGUCCUUCACCCUCAUGGGCGCGAGCAACACCGAGUCGCUCACUAUUCAUAUGCCCUUUCGCCACUUGAGCCUAAACCUUACAGCUCCAUUCACCGCCACUUUCGAACCUAUACCAUACCUUCCCUGCUUCACGGGCGGCAUCGGUGCCUACGCGCUGGGGCGUGCCUUCUUCCAAGACGCCUUCGUCGGCGCCAACUGGGAGAAGCGCAAAGUCUGGCUCGCCCAGGCGCCCGGGCCCAACAUACCCGCGGGUGUGAACGCAGUGAGCAUACAGCCCGACCAGGAUGCGAUUGUGGCCGGGGGCAACGACUGGGAGAGGUCGUGGGACGGCUUCUGGAAAGCGCUGAGUGCCGAGGAGGCGGACGGUACGGAGCCGGUUGAUACUACUAGCAUCGAUACUGGGACAGGGACAGGCACCAAUGGUAGUGGUGGUGACGGUACUGCGCCGGGAACCGACGAGAGAGGUUCCCAAGGCCUUUCGACUGCUGCGAUGGCGGGAAUUGCGGCUGGCGCGGCUGUCGGGGGCAUGGCUGUGGUUGCGGCCGGCGUGCUGUUCUGGUGCCGGAGGAGGAAGGCGAGGGAGCCGAGGCAGUCGUUUGCUCCUCCCACAAAGCCCGUGGCUGCGCUCUCCCCGGCUCACGGUGACAAUUAUGAUGGUGCGAAAUGGGAGCCUUGGGUUGGAGGCUUGUAUGAAGCGCCGGACUCGCGGAACAGGGUCCACGAGAUGCCUGGCGAUCAACCGAUAGGCGCGGUUGGUUUGGGGCUGGCGCAGUAAUUCUUUUCCAGAUACCUAUCUUGUUUACGUUGUUUUCCCUAAAUAUAAUUGGCGUCACUGUCGGUAUCUACCUGUUUCGUAAUAUAGGAUCAUUAGCAGCAAGUAAAAGUGCCAGGAGCGAGAGUGAGGAAGGAAGCGCCCCGUAGCGAAGCGGCGGGCCGUCGCGACUGACGAACGAAGCGACGCCAGCAAUUUUGGGCGGGGCAUUUGGCUUAUUUGGACACUGUGUUUUUAGAUGACAGCGAGAGCAAGCGAAGCGAUAAUAUCCUGUCCGGAGGCUAACAACUCGAAUUUCUAACAACUGUCUAAUCCUAUAUACCGGAACUACCCAGCCUAAACCUCAACGUCUGAACUGUCGGUUAUAUACCCGCUAAUGCUACU